GUCAAAAUUGUCCUCGUGUAUCAACGGUAAACAGCUCACGUAUGACAUCAACAAACUGGCCGAACUGCAACACAUAGCUCAGCAAGUAGUUGACGCCAUCGUUGGGUUGAGCCUGAGUCGGACACGCACAUCUCAACGGAACAUGAAGCCUUGCUCCAACUUGCAACGCAUUUGCUGCAAAAUCGUUCUGGACUUGGAGGGCUUGGCAUGUGGACAAGCCCUGGAACGUGUUGUUGGCGAUGACGAAGUACAGUGUGAGGCCAUACCUAUUGCUUUAGCGGGAAGAGAUGUGAUCGGGCUCGCCCAAACCCGGUCGGGCAAAACCGGCGCAUUCGCGAUUCCGAUCAUCCAAUCGCUUCUCGAAGCUCCGGAGGCGUUUUUGGCCUGCGUGCUGUUGCCGACGCGUGAACUCGCCAUUCAGAUAGCCGAGCAGUUCGAAGUCCUGGGUGCCGGAAUUGGCCUCAAAUGUGCUGUGCUUGUGGGAGGUGUAGACCAAGCACAGCAGAGUAUUGCCCUUGGAAAGCGGCCGCACAUUGUUGUGGGUUGAAUUUUGUUAUGCAUUUAUAUACAGUAGGCAUUGUCGAUUCUGUUUUUUUUUUAACUUGGUCACAUUAUGAUUACUAGUUCUAAAUUAGUAGAUUGUGUUAUACGGUAUACUGGUUUGGUAGAGCCUCCUUUUAUCAGCUGUUAUCCACUUGGUUGUAGAGUGCUUUCUUUUCUUGUGGUUUGUAGCCCAUCAUAAAAUCAGCUCGCUUCUCCUUAGUAAUUAGAUUGGGUGAUUUUGUCACACGCAUAUUGUGAUGUGUGUAAAUGGAGUAUCCUUUUUGUCAGCUCUUAUGACUCUUGUUGUUGUUGGUGACUAUGCUUUCGUCCCCCAAAUUUGAUGAUCUGGGUCUCAUCCGAUUCUUCCAAAUCAUGCACUCUUGCAUAUUUCUUGCUGUGGUUCUUGGUAUGUUGUGGGGAAGUUUUUAUCAUUAAUAGAUUUUAACAGACGAGGCACCUUGAAAGAUUAUACCUUUUCCAUUUUGAUGAAUUGAUUGGGAAAUGGGUUUUGAAGUUAGUGGAGUUGCUGGAUUAUUUUAGAAGCUUGGCUGUUGAUGGGCGUGUUGUGAUUAUGUUGGGUUCAAUUGAGAGGGAAGGCCUUCUGCUGAGUAUAGGAAUAUAAUUGGUGUAUUUGCUUUGAGAAAGUUGGAACUUGAUUUAUGGAAUUUUAAAUUUGUGCUACUGUUAAUCAAUGCCACAGUGAAUCUUGAGUUGAAUGAUGAUUGAUUGAUCUUGAUUCAUAUGUUGAUUUAGCUGAGAAUAGAGGUUGGAUUCUUAAGUGUCGAGGCGAAAGCAGGUAGCAGAAUUCAUGAUGAGCUGGCUAACCAAGAUCCUUAAAGGCCCCAGCCACCGAAUCUCAAAAGGGCAAUAUCAUGGGAAAUAUGAAGAUGAUACAAUUUGGGAAGGACCUCCGAUUACAGCGGAUCAAUUGUCAGAUUUCGAUAAGGAAGAACUUGAUAGAGCAAUUGCACUUUCAAUUGCUGAAGUAAAUGGCAAAGAGAAAGGAAAAAAAGUUGUAGAUAGUGAUUCUCAGUUGGACGAAGAUGAGCAGCUUGCUAUGGCUCUGCAAGAAAGUUGGAAUGUGGAAUCCUCCCCUCAAUCAUCCCCACCCCGAUCACCUCCUCCUCAAUCACCUCCCCCUCGAUCACCUUCACCUCAAUCGCCUCCCCCACGAUCACCUUCGUCUCAACCGCCUUCUCCUCGAUCACCUUCACCUCAACCACCUUCUCCUCGAUCACCUUCACCUCAAUCACCUCCACAUCAAUCACCUCCACCUCAACCACCUCCAACUCGGUCACCUCAAUUUGAUUAUGGAACUUUUGUACCACCUUCUCCAUUCUACUAUCCUUCAGGAUACAGAAUCUGUGCUGGUUGCAAUAGUGAAAUUGGCCAUGGAAGAUACUUGAGUUGCAUGGGAGCUGUUUGGCAUCCAGGAUGUUUCUGUUGUCAUGCUUGCAACCAAGCAAUAUCUGAUUAUGAGUUUUCCUUGUCUGAUAAUCGUCCUUUCCUUAAAUCUUGCUACAAGGACAUGCACCACCCCAAAUGUGAUGUUUGCAAGAAUUUUAUUCCCACGAAUGCUGCUGGACUUAUAGAGUACAGAGCUCAUCCUUUCUGGCAUCAGAAGUACUGCCCUUCACAUGAACAUGAUGGAACACCCCGCUGCUGCAGCUGUGAAAGAAUGGAACCUGUAGAUGCCAGAUAUCUAGUUCUUGAGGAUGGAAGGAAGCUCUGUCUCGAGUGUUUAGACUCGUCAAUAAUGGAUACACAUGAGUGCCAACCACUUUACCUUGAAAUACAAGAAUUUUACGAAGGUUUAAUGAUGAAAGUGGAGCAGCAAGUGCCAUUACUCUUGGUUGAGAGACAAGCACUGAAUGAAGCCAUGGAAGGAGAGAAAACUGGUCAUCACUUCAUGCCGGAGACAAGUGGCCUUUGCCUGUCAGAAGAGCAAACUGUCAACACGAUACUGAGGCGACCCAAAAUAGGAGGACAACGGAUAACAGGCAUGUUCCCUGAGCCUUACAAGCUCGUUCGAAAAUGUGAAGUAACAGCAAUUCUCAUUUUGUAUGGUCUGCCUAGGUUACUGACGGGGUCGAUCCUGGCUCACGAAAUGAUGCAUGCUUGGCUUCGUCUUAAAGGUUAUCCGAAUCUAAGUCCAGAAGUUGAAGAAGGUAUCUGCCAAGUGCUAGCUCACAUGUGGUUGGAUUCAGAGAUCAUUGCUGGCUCUGGUAGCAAUGCAGCUUCGUCAUCAUCUGCUCCCUCAACCUCAGCAUCCUCGUCUGGCUCUUCGAAGAAGGGGAAGAGGUCUGACUUCGAGAAAAAACUUGGCGAGUUCUUCAAACACCAAAUAGAAUCAGACAGUUCAGAAGCAUACGGAGGCGGUUUCAGGGAAGGCAACAAGGCGGUGCUCAAAUAUGGGCUGAGGAGCACUCUCGAUCACAUUCGGCUCACCGAGAGUUUUCCUUGUUAACUGGAUAGCUGAGCUCCAUUUGGUAUGGAAUUCUUGCUCUAUAUCUGUAUAUGCAUCUGUCCUGCAUAAUGGAUGCCAAGAAAUCAAAUGACUUUUAACUCUUUUUUUUUAUUUAACUUACAAGCGCUAUAGAAUACAAGGAAAGGAAAAUAAGCCACCAAAUGUUAUUGUGCCGAAAUAAUUAUUUGUGCAUGUAUCCUCAAAUAAUUGUUAUGAGAAUCUAUUGGAAGUUAUUAUUGAAUGUUGAUAUUUAAAUUUUA